CCAUCCUUUCCUCUUCCUCCCAUUCCCCUCCUCGUCUGCCUCGACGUCGACGAUGGCGAACUCCUCCUGCUCCUCCUCCAUUACAAAACGCCCUCUCAUAAUUUCCUUGGGCAAAUCUAGAGUUUCCAUACCAGUCUCAACCAGCCACGACGAAUGGAUCUCAGCAGAAGUUCUCAGAGACGAGUUUACCCACGAACAAUCUCUCAUAGACGCGGUCGAUAACACCGCCGAACUAGAAAAUCAGUCCGAAGCUAACCUAGAACUCGCGGCUCGAUUCCUCGGCUUCGUUGCUGAGAAGAUUGAUAUAGAUACGCAAUCAACCACCGCUCGUACCUCACUAUUGCUUAAUGCUCUCAAGUUUUUCACGACCACAUAUCUCUCUGAAAAGGACAUUCACACCCUCGCGUCCGCAUUCGAUACCGAGGUUAGGAAAACCGUUCUUUCCUCUUACUUCCUCGCAGUAUCUACUCUUCAAAACCACAAUGUGAAAGACAUUCCAUCAGGACCCCAGUCUGCUCUUCUUGCCGCCGCGUCAUCCGGUUCAGCCUCCAUCUUUGGACUUUUUGGAGGUCAAGGAACAAACGAAGUGUAUUUCGACGAACUUCAAUUCCUUUACGACGUCUACAAACCUUUUGUCGCCCCCCUGAUUACCAUCCUCACAAAUGAUGUGCUCUCCCCUCUUGCCCUACAGCAUCAGUACACUUCUUUCUACACCCACGGACUGGAUGUCGCUUCGUGGCUUUCUGGCGCGUCUCCCCGUCCUUCCAAAGCCUAUCUUGUGUCGAUUCCUAUUUCGCUUCCUCUCAUCGGCAUCACGCAGCUUGUCCAGUAUUUGGUGGUCUGCCACGUUACUGGCUUGACCCCAGGAGAUCUAAGUGAUCGACUCAAAGGUGCAACUGGGCACUCCCAAGGUGUUGUUUCCGCCGUUGCCGUUGCCGCCUCCACUACUUUUGAUUCAUUCAACGAUAAUGCAAAAAAAGCCGUCAAGUGGCUUUUCUUUUGUGGCAUGCGUGGCCAGGAGGCGUUCCCGGUCGUCUCUUUGGAACCUGAGCUCAUCAGGGACUCGGUCGAGGGGGGAGAAGGUACACCGAGCCCUAUGCUUUCGAUCACAGGCCUUUCCCUCAAAGAACUCGAAGAUCACCUCUCGAAGACCAACAAGUACUUACCAGACAAUUCGCAACUCUAUGUCUCACUUCACAACGGUCCUCGUGCUUAUGUUGUCACGGGUCCCGCUCGCGCUUUGCAUGGAUUAGUUGUCAAUCUGAGGAAGAUUCGUGCUCAGAGUGGUCAAGAUCAGAGCAAGAUACCCUUCUCUCAGAGGAAACCUGUGUUCUCUGUUCGAUUUUUGAUGGUCAAGGUGCCGUAUCACAGCGUGUACCUACGUUCCGCAACACAGAAACUUGUUGAAGAGGACUUAAAGGGUGACACUCUUUGGAAAGCGGACGAACUCCGUAUUCCCGUUUACAAUACCGAAGAUGGUUCGGAUAUGCGCUCGUCGACGAUGUCGAUUGCUCACUCACUUUGCGACCAAAUUUUCACAUCUCCCAUUCGCUGGACAACGGCGACAAAUUUCCCCGAUUCCGCAACCCACGCUAUCGACUUCGGUCCAGGAGGUCUGAGUGGUAUUGGUCCUCUCGUUGCUAGGAAUAAAGAAGGAAGAGGAGUUCGUGUCAUCGUGCUCGGUGACCGUGGCAAAGGGGAUGCAGAGUUUUUUGACUCUCUUGCCGUGAAACACGAGGAUAACUGGAGCCAGAAGUGGUCUCCUGGUUUGGUCAAGACAAGUGAUGGGGUCAUCCAACUUGACACUCCCUUCUCUCGUCUCCUCGGUAAACCUCCAAUUAUGGUCGCGGGAAUGACUCCCUCCACUGUCAAGGCCGGUUUCGUUAGCGCUGUGCUUGACGCCGGAUAUCACAUUGAACUAGCUGGUGGCGGUCAUUAUAAUGCUGCUGCCUUGCGGGCUAAAGUCGCCGAAAUUCAGUCGCAGGUCCCUCCCGGUGUUGGUAUCACUCUCAACUCUUUGUACAUCAAUCCUAGGCAAUUUAGCUUCCAGUUUCCUCUCUGGCAGGAGAUGAGGAAGGAAGGUCUUCCCAUUGAAGGCUUUUGUGUUGCUGCUGGUAUUCCCAGCACCGAAAAAGCUGUGGAGAUCAUCGACGGCUUAAGGAGCGCUGGGAUUAAACAUGUCUCCUUCAAGCCAGGUUCGGUCGAUGGUAUUCGCCAAGUCGUCAACAUCGCUGCUGCGAACCCCGACUUCCCCAUUAUCAUGCAGUGGACAGGUGGCCGGGCCGGUGGUCACCAUUCCUAUGAAGAUUUUCAUCAGCCGAUUCUUUCCACUUAUCGUUCCAUUCGGAAACAUAACAACCUCUCCCUCGUCGGUGGCUCUGGGCUCGGAGCUGCGGACGAUGUUUGGCCUUAUCUUACCGGCGAAUGGUCGGUCGCCUUUGGCGUUCAACCUAUGCCUUUCGAUGGUUUCCUCUUUGCCAGUCGUGUUAUGGUUGCGAAGGAGGCACACACCAGUCCUUCUGUCAAGGACCUUAUCGUUGCUUGUUCUGGUGUCGAGGAUGGUGACUGGGAAGGUACAUAUGCCAAACCAACUGGCGGUAUUCUUACCGUGCGCUCCGAACUUGGUGAACCCAUUCACAAGGUUGCUACUCGUGGUGUCAAACUCUGGAAAGAGUUCGAUGAUGGUGUCUUUAAAUUGCCGAAAGAGAAGCGCGAGGCAUGGCUGAUAGAGCACCGUGACGAAGUCAUCGAGAAGCUGAACCGUUCCUUCCACAAGCCUUGGUUUGGUUGCAAGAAGGAUGGUAGUGUCGCAAAGGAUUUGGGUGAUAUGACUUACCAAGAAGUCGUGUUGAGGAUGAUUCGGUUGAUGUUUGUCGCCCACGAGCAACGAUGGGUGGAUAUUUCCCUACGAAACCUUACUGGUGACUGGCUACGACGGGUCGAGGAACGCUUCGCUGGGGUCAACGGUGGAGGAACCAAGACCUCAAUUCUUCAAUCGUACUCUUCAUUGGACAACCCUCUUCCUUUCGUCGAGACAUUUUUCCAAAAGUACCCCUCCGCUGCAGACCAACUCCUCUCGGCCGAUGAUACAGCUUAUUUCCUUGCGAUCUCUCAACGACCAGGUCAAAAGCCGGUACCUUUUAUCCCUGUGUUGGAUGCUUCUUUCGAAGUGUGGUUCAAGAAGGAUUCUCUUUGGGCUGCCGAAGACAUUGAAGCGGUCUUUGAUCAGGACCCCCAGCGUGUGUGUAUCCUUCAAGGACCUGUUGCUGUGAAACACUCCAAGGUCAAGGAUGAACCAAUCAAAGAGAUGCUCGGAAACAUCAAUGCUAGCCUCAUCUCGCGUUUACUCGAGCGCAAAUACGGUGGCGAUAAAUCAAAAGUUCCUUCUGUGGACUACCUUGCAUUGUGCCCGCCCCCUGCUCCCCUUCCUCCUACUAUCCAACGCUCUGUCUCCCCCAAUCAAGUUGUCUAUGAAUUCGGCUACAGACUCCCUUCAGCUUCCGAGUGGCUUGAGGUUCUCGCUGGACCGACUCUCACCUGGCUUCGAGCUUUGGUCGGUUCGUCAACCAUAGUCCAAGGAACCAAUUACAUCAACAACCCCCUCCGUCGUCUCUUGAUACCGCGGCCUCAGCAGAGGGUCGUUGUUUCAUACAACGGCGAUGUUCCCUCCAGCAUCGUUAUCUACGGAGCUGCUCGCUCUUCUGGCGUUCACAAAGCCGAUUUUAAGGCAGUAGAAAUUAUUUACGACUCGGCUACAAAGCUCAUCGACUUGACGAUUUUCGAGGACCGUCGUGACGUCUCUGUUCCUCUCAACCUCAGUUUCCAGUACAAGCCUUCCAUGGGUUCUGCUCCUAUUCAUGAAAUUGUAGAUGGACGUAACAACCGUAUCAAGGACUUCUAUUGGAAGUUGUGGUAUGGCGACAACAAGUCCCUCCCCCAGCUCGAUAUCCACGACGUCUUCUCCGGCCCUGAGGUCACUUUGGAUGCCAAGGACAUCGAAGAGUUCUGCACCAUUGUCGGUAAUCAAGGCGAGUCCUUCAAGACCGUGCGCAGCGAGAACAACAAUGCCCCCAUGGACUUCGCUAUUGUUGCUGGCUGGCAGGCUAUCAUUAAAUCCAUCUUCCCUCAAUGCAUUGAUGGGGACCUUCUCCGGCUUGUUCAUCUCUCGAAUAGCUUCCGUAUGGUCAAUGGUGCUCAGCCAUUGCAAGCCGGAGACAAGUGCCAUUCUGAGGCAAAGAUAGUCUCCGUUAUCAACUCUAAGGAGGGAAAGAUCGUCAAAGUGAAGGGCCAUGUUUAUCGCGAGGGUGCACCCGUAAUCGAGGUCGUCUCCGCUUUCUUAUAUCGCGGAACUUUCACCGAUUUCGAAAACACCUUUGAGAUCACCCAGGAGCCUGACUAUAUUGUCACUCUGGCCACCGAUGCGGAUGUUGGCGUUCUUCAGUCCAAGGAGUGGUUCCAGUGGGAGGAUGAGUCAAAACCCUUGACCUCGAGCACAUCGUUAAUCUUUCGUAUUCAGUCAGAGGUUUCAUUCAAGGACCGCACCACUUACCGCAACGUUUCCAUUGCGGGUGAGGUGUUCACUCGCAACUAUUUGAAGGAACUGUCCAAAGUUGCGACCAUCGAGUUCCAGCAAGAGGACUGCCAUGGUAACCCAGUGGUUGCCUAUUUGCAACGACACGGUACGGCGGAAGGACUUCUUGUUCCUCUUCCGAACGAAGGCCACACGCUCACCAACACUGAUGGAAGUACCUCCUUCAAUGCGCCUCUCACCAACGAACCUUACUCCGGAAUCUCUGGGGAUUUCAAUCCCAUUCACAUUAACCCUUACUUCUCUUGCUAUGCUUCUCUCCCCGCGACAAUAACACAUGGCCUUUGGUCGAGCGCUGCCACCCGACGCUACGUCGAGAAUGUUGUCGCCAAAGGGCACCCAGAACGAGUACUUGCAUACAAUGUUUCGUUUGUAGGUAUGGUCCUUCCUGGGGAUGAACUUUCGGUCAAGAUUCGGCACAUCGGUAUGCGCGACGGUAACAUUGUUGUGAAAGUCGAGACCGUCAACGAGCGAGGCGAGAAGGUUAUUGAUGGAUCCGCCGAAGUUUCACAGCCCAACACUGUCUACGUCUUCACCGGGCAAGGAUCACAAGAGCCCGGAAUGGGCAUGGAUCUCUACAAUAGCUCCCCUGCAGCUCGUGCUGUUUGGGAAGGAGCAGAUGAGCAUUUGCGUGCUGUCUACGGUUUCUCCAUCAUUGAAAUCGUCAAGGACAACCCCAAGGAUAAGACAGUCCACUUUGGUGGUAUUAAGGGACAGGCUAUCCGUCAACGUUAUAUGGAUAUGACAUACGACACUAUGGACAAGGAUGGCAACAUUAGGACCCUCCCCCUCUUCGCUGACAUUGACAUCCGUACGCCCAAGUACACGUUCAGUCACCCCAACGGUCUUCUCUUUGCCACUCAAUUCGCGCAGAUUGCUCUCGUCGUCACCGAGAAGGCUGCCUUCGAGGACAUGCGCAUGAAGGGAUUCGUUCAGAAGGAUUGCGCUUUCGCCGGUCACUCCCUCGGAGAGUACUCCGCAUUGGCCUCGAUUGCCGGCGUACUGCAUAUUUCCGCUCUGGUUGAUGUCGUUUUCUACCGAGGUAUCACCAUGCAGCGAGCCGUUGAGCGUGAUUCGAAGAAUCGCUCGAACUACGCUAUGUGUGCAGUCAACCCGAGCCGAAUCUCACACACCUUCAGCGACGCCGCUCUGAGGGAGGUUGUUGACAGUAUUGCUUCCUUUUCCAGUACCUUACUGGAAAUCGUUAAUUACAACGUCGAAGGUCAACAAUAUGUUUGUGCCGGAGAAUUGGUUGCGUUGCAAGCGUUGACCAACGUUCUUAACUAUCUGAAGGUCAAGAAGGUCGACAUUGCGAAGUUGACGGAAACGCUCUCAGUCGAGAAGGUCAAGGCAAUGCUUGGUGAAAUCGUCAAAGAAUGCUUUGAGCGUGCCGUUGAGUUGCAGAAAAGUGAAGGUUAUAUCAAGUUGGAGCGUGGCUUUGCCACCAUUCCUCUCCCAGGUAUCGACGUGCCAUUCCAUUCAAGGUACCUAUGGGCUGGUGUGAUGCCCUUCAGAACUUACCUUUCGAAGAAGAUCAACCCUGCUCAUCUCAACCCUGACGUACUUGUUGGAAAGUACAUCCCCAACUUGAUCGCUAAACCGUUCGAUGUCUCUCGCGAGUACGCUCAGAUUAUCUACGAUCAAACUUCUUCCCCUCGCCUCGACAAAGUCCUGAAGAAAUGGGAUCAAGACCACUGGGGUUCUGAUGAACAGCGCCAGAGGCUUGCUUACAUCAUACUCGUCGAGCUACUCGCGUACCAGUUCGCUUCUCCCGUUCGUUGGAUUGAAACGCAAGAUCUCCUCUUCACUCGCUAUACCUUCGAGCGCUUCAUUGAGAUUGGGCCUUCGCCCACGUUGACCGGCAUGGCAACUCGUACUCUCAAAGCCAAGUAUGAGACGGAAGACAACUGCGUAUCUCGUACGCGUGAGAUCCUUUGCCAUGCCAAACAUUCGAAGGAGAUCUACUACAUGUUCGAGGAUGAACCGGAAGAGGCUGCAACACCCGCCGAGUCUUCUGACGCACCGGCGCCAGUUGCUGCUGUUCCUAGUGGCCCAGUUCCGGCCGCUGCACCCCCACCGGCGCCAUCUGGUGCCGCUGUCAGCAUUGAGGAUGUUCCUAUGAAAGCCUUCGACGUUUUAAUCGUUAUCGUUGCUCAGAAGUUAAAGAAGAAGGUGGACGAGAUUUCGAUGUCGAAGUCUAUCAAGGACCUCGUUGGUGGAAAAUCUACUUUACAGAACGAGAUUCUUGGUGACCUUCAGCAAGAAUUUGCUUCGGCUCCUGAGAAGGGAGAAGAACUUCCACUUGAAGAGCUAGGGGCUGCUCUGGCAACCGGCUAUAGUGGCUCCAUGGGCAAAUACUCCAACGGCCUUGUGUCCAGAAUGAUUGGAGGGAAAUUUCCUGGAGGAUUUAACUCCUCUGCUGUCAAGUCAUACCUCUCGAAAUCCUGGGGUUUGGGACCUCAACGCUCGGAUGCGGUCUUGCUUCUGGCUACCACGAUAGAACCUCCUAAACGUCUUGGCUCUGAAGCUGAGGCUAAGUCGUUUUUGGACAGUGUUGUCACUCUUUAUGCUCAGCGUGCAGGCAUUACCCUUGCUGUAGCCGGAGCUGGCGGGGCAACAGGUGGCUCAGCAGGUGGUGCAAUGAUCAACAGCGAGGAAUUCUUGAAGUUCCAGGCCGAACAAGAGCAGUUUGCUGCUCAACAUAUCGAGCUCUAUAUGCGCUACUUGCAGCGUGACUCUCGGUCAGGAGAGAUUGCCUUCGAUCGUGAGAAGGCAAACUCUCUCGCCCUUCAAACCAAACUGGACAGCAUCCUUAGGGAGCAUGGAGAUUUGUAUGUUGACGGUAUCCAGCCUGUUUUUGAUCCAGCAAAGGCUCGCCACUUCGACUCAUCUUGGAAUUGGGUGCGCCAGGACGCCCUCUUGAUGUACUACGAUAUUCUUUUCGGUCGUCUCACCACUGUUGACCGUGAAAUUACCGCUCGCUGCAUUGCUCUUCUCAACCGAGCAGAUCCCGAGAUGCUGACGUAUAUGCAAUAUCAUAUCGACCGCACGGACCCGAACAAGGGCGAGACCUACAAGCUCGCAAAGGAGUUUGGACAGCAGUUGAUCGAUAACACUCGCCAGGUUCUAGGCCAACCGCCUGUUUACAAAGACGUUACCUUCCCGACUGCUCCUCAUACCGAGGUCACCGCAAAGGGUGAUAUUGUCUACACCGAGAUCGUGCGAGAGAAUGUUCGCAAACUCGAGGCUUAUGUGGAGGAGAUGGCGACUAGCGAGCCCGUUUCAGGGCAGGUCAACAUUCAGAAAGUCCAGGACGACGUCUUGAAGCUGUGGAGCAUUGUCAAGUCUCAACCCGAAAUCAGCCAAGAGCAGAAGAACCGUAUCAAGGCUUUGUAUGAAGGGGUCGUGAGCUCGCUCCGUAAGGGAUCGGAAAUUCCUCAACGCACUCCCCGUACCCCGCGCAGCCGACGAUCGUCAUCGCAAUUCCUACGCCCUACAGUUCCGGGUAUCACCUCCGUUUCUGCUGAUAAAAUUCCCCUCCUUCACCUCAAGAGAAAAGAAGGCUCGAACUGGGAGUACAGUAGCAAUCUCACGGGCGUCUAUCUGGACAUUCUGCACGAGAUUGCGACAGCAGGUACGACGUUCAAGGACAAGAAUGCUCUUCUUACUGGCGUAGGAAAAGGUUCGAUUGGUGUGGAGGUCGUCAAAGGCCUGCUUUCGGGAGGCGCUCAUGUUGUGAUUACAACUUCACGCUACAAUCGCUCAACAGUGGAAUAUUACCAGUCUAUUUUCCAGACGUUUGGCAGUCGAGGAUCUGCGUUGACUGUUGUACCAUUUAACCAAGGGUCCAAACAGGACGUCGAAGCCUUGGUUGAUUACAUCUAUUCUAACCUUGGCAUGGAUCUGGACUUCAUUCUCCCCUUCGCUGGUAUCCCUGAGAAUGGGCGGGAAAUUGAUGGCAUUGACGACAAGUCAGAACUGGCUCACCGUGUCAUGUUGACUAACCUCUUGAGAAUCCUGGGUGCCGUCAAGACAAAGAAGGCCAGUCGACAGUUCGUCACUCGGCCAACGCAAGUCAUCUUGCCUCUGUCUCCGAAUCACGGACUUUUUGGCAAUGAUGGUCUCUAUGCAGAGUCGAAGAUCUCUCUCGAGACUCUCUUCCAACGUUGGCAAUCAGAAAGUUGGGGUGAAUACCUUUGUCUUGCUGGGGCUGUGAUCGGGUGGACUCGCGGAACUGGGCUCAUGGCUCCUACCAACAUGGUUGCUCAUGAGCUUGAGAGUUAUGGUGUUCGCACAUUCUCUGCUAAGGAAAUGGCCUUCAAUAUUUUGGGAUUGAUGCACCCACUGCUUUUCAGCAUAACACAGGUUGAACCUAUCUGGGCUGACCUCAACGGUGGUAUGGACCGGCUCCCCGAUCUUGCAGACGUAACUGGUCGUAUUCGUACCAAUCUGCUGAAGAAGGGUGAGUUGCGCCGCGCGAUCGCCCGCGACAACGCUGCGGACUUCAAGUCCGUCAAUGGCGUCGAGGCCGAGCGUACCAUUCAAACAGUCGACGUUCUUCCACGAGCAAACUUCCGCUUCAACUUCCCAGCUCUAGACUCUUAUGAGAGCUUAGCAGUCCUCCCCAUGUUGCGAGGAAUGAUUGACCUCGAGCAAGUUGUUGUCAUCACUGGCUCCGGAGAAGUUGGACCUUGGGGUAGCGCCCGAACACGGUGGGAGUAUGAAGCCAGAGGAGAGUUCACGAUCGAAGGUAGCAUUGAGAUGGCUUGGAUGAUGGGCUUUAUCAAGCACUUCAAUGGCAAAUUGAAGGACGGUAGCUUAUAUGUUGGCUGGGUUGACAGCAAGUCGGGUGAACCGGUUGAUGAUAAGGACGUCAAAGGACGAUACGAGAAGGAUCUCCUCGAACACGCUGGCGUUCGGUUGAUUGAACCUGAGCUUUUCCGUGGGUACGACCCCAAGAAGAAAGUUUUCCACCAAGAGAUCGAACUUAUUCAUGACCUCGAGCCCAUAGAAGUCACCGAGACUGAAGCUCAUAAAUUCAAAUCCCAGCACGGCGACAAGUGCGAUAUUUGGGCCGGUGGAAGUGAGCAGUGGUUCUUCAAAUUGAAGAAGGGUGCGUGUGUACUUGUCCCUAAGUCCUUCUCGUUCAGUCGAACGGUCGCUGGUCAAAUCCCGACUGGAUGGCAUGCGGGUAGAUACGGUAUUCCAGACGACAUCAUCGCGCAAACCGACCGCACCACCCUUUGGGCCCUCGUGAGUGCCGCCGAAGCUAUGAAUAACUCCGGAAUCACGGACCCGUACGAACUGUACAAACACGUUCACCCUUCCGAAGUCGGAACAUCCAUUGGCUCUGGUAUGGGUGGAGCUGUCAGCAUGGCUAAGAUGUUCAAGGAUCGACGCGAAGAGAAAGACGUCCAAAACGACAUUCUUCAGGAAACCUUUAUCAACACCACUGCGGGUUGGAUAAACCUUCUCUUACUUUCCUCGAGCGGGCCCAUCAAGACGCCUGUGGGAGCUUGUGCAACGGCGUUGCAGUCGCUGGAAAUUGCCUGUGACACCAUUCUAUCUGGUAAAGCAAAGGUCAUGCUUGCUGGUGGCUUUGAUGAUAUCAGUGAAGAAGGAUCUUGCGAGUUCGCCAACAUGAAGGCCACAAGUAAUGCGGAGACCGAAUUUGCAAUGGGACGAGAGCCAACAGAAAUGUCUCGACCAACGACAAGUACUCGUGCCGGGUUCAUGGAAGCUCAAGGUGCUGGUUGCCAUCUUGUUAUGAACGCAAAGACUGCACUUGAACUCGGAUGUCCGAUUCGAGGGAUUCUCGCAUUCACCGCUACUUCAACCGAUAAAGCCGGUCGCUCCGUUCCUGCACCUGGUAGAGGAGCACUCACAAUCGCCAAGCAAAUUCCCUCGAAGCACCCCUUACCUAUCCUUGAUUUGGCUUAUAGAUCUCGCCAGCUUUCUUUCCGUCGUUCUCAGAUAUCUCAGUGGCUCUGGCACGAGCAAUCUCAGCUUCAAGAGGAGUUGGAAAUGCGCAAGGCUUCGGGCGAAUCUACAGACGACGAUUACUUUACCUCCAGAGUCGCAGAGAUCGAAAAAGAAGCUGCUCGUCAAGAAAAGGACGCCCUCAACAUGUACGGAAUGCUGCACGGCAGCGAUCCUCGUAUCGCACCUCUUCGACGUGCUCUCGCCGUCUGGGGUCUCACGGUUGAUGAUCUUGGUGUUCUGUCCAUUCACGGCACCUCUACUAAGGCUAACGAGGAAAAUGAAACCCACAUCUGGAAUGAAGUCUUAUGCUCUCUCAAUCGUACACCUGGGAACGCCAUCCCUAUUGUUGCUCAAAAGAGCCUUCUCGGUCACGCAAAAGGUGGCUCGGCUGCAUGGCAAAUGUCUGGACUUCUUGAUUCGAUCCUCACGGGUAUCAUUCCUGGUAAUAGGAAUUGCGACAAUGUCGAUUCCCACUUCCAACAUCGUUCUUUCCUGAUGUUCCCAUCGAAGACAAUCCGCACGGACGGCAUUGGUGCUGGUGUGAUGACUUCUUUCGGUUUUGGGCAGGUUGGUGGUACGGCGAUGGUUGUCCACCCGCGAUACUUGUUCGCCUCCCUUUCACCUGCUCAAUACGAGUCCUACAAGGAACGCCGCACACUUCGUUCCCGACAGACAUACAAGGCUAUGAGCGAGAUGAUGAUCAAGAACAACCUCGUCCGAAUCAAAGAAAGGCCACCAUACCCACCGGAACUGGAAGAUAAGGUUCUAAUGAACUCUAUGUCAAGGGCUGUUCCCGAACCCAAGACUGGUUCCUAUGUUUUCACAUCCAAUUACGAGAUGACGCCUCUCGUCGACACUUCUAACGCCAAAACUGUGUCUGAAGUUGCUGCUCAAAGUGCUGCAGCUUCCAGUCAUUUCGUUGGUGUAGGAGUUGACCAAGAACUCAUCUCCGCCGUACCUUGUGAUAACCCUACUUUCAUAUCCCGAAACUUCACCGAUGCUGAGGUAGCUUAUUGCCAAACUCAGCCGUCUCCUGUGUCAUCCUUUGCUGCUCGAUGGGUUGGUAAGGAGGCCGUCUUCAAGUCUCUGGGCGUGAAAUCGAAAGGAGCUGCCUCUGCCAUGAAGGAUAUCGAGAUACUCAAUGACAAUGACACAGGUGGACCGGUUGUUACACUUCACGGUGAAGCACAGUCCAAAGCUUCGGAAAAGGGAAUUUCGAAAGUUCUGAUUUCGCUCAGUCACUCUGAUACUGUUGCCAUCGCUUUUGCUCAGGCCGUUGGGAUGUAG